GUUCCAGAGGAGAAGCUCACAGUGUUUGGUUGGCAGCAGGAAGUGGUCUCAGGUCAGAUGUUUGGAAGGAGUUUGUCAAACGCUUUUGUGGGAUCAAGAUCAGAGAGGGUUACGGCUUGACUGAGGCCAGCAUUGGCUUCCUCAACUACACAGAUGAGGUUGGACCGAUUGGGAGGGCAAGCUUUUUCAACAAGCUUUCUAUGCCCUUUGAGCUCCUGCGAUAUGAUCCACAAACUUAUGAGCCAGUCCGAACAAACUCUGGAAGAUGCAUGCAAGCAAAAAUAGGAGAGGCAGGGAUCCUGGUAGCUCCUCUGUCAGCUAUGAACCAGUUCCUGGGUUAUGCUGGGAAUAAGGUCCAGUCUGAAAAGAAGCUGCUCAGAGAUGUUUUCAAAGCCGGGGACGUCUAUUUCAACACUGGAGACCUCUUGCUCCGUGAUCACGGGGACUUUCUUUACUUCCAUGACCGCAUUGGAGACACCUUCAGGUACUGUUACUGUUUAGAACUGUGCUAACGCAACAUUGCUAAGAAUCUUUUGUUUAAUUUGGUAAAUUUGUUUUUUGAAAGGGGGAUACAACAUUUUGUUGUGGUGUCACAUUGAAAAGAAACCCUUUACCAGUCUUAUCUAACAGAGAUCAGUCAACAUCCAACACGCUGUCUACACCAGAUAUGUUUCAGAAUCAACUCUGCUGACAGCAGAGCAUACGCCAUGAUAGUACUCAAGUCCACACAGUUUGUGACAGAGUGGUAACUAAUUGGUAUAGUUACAAUUAGGGCUAAAAUUAACCCUAACCCUCUGUAAGAAAUCUGAAUAGAAACAUCUUAUAGAAAAAAAACAGUUCUGGUUUGAAUGGACCUCUGUGCACUAACUCAGACCUCAUGAAGUCUGAUAAGACUGGGGGCCAAUCUGCUGGGUCAUGUGGUAGAGCAGCAACUCCAUUA